AUGGCAAGCAUAGCGGGCAUGACUGACAUGUUCGAAUCGUAUGUAAAGAAGCGAUUUUCCGAUGUUUUCUACUAUUCAAUGUUAUUUCAUCGAUUUCAGAACAUCACCGACGAGCGCCGCAGUUUUUCAAUGCUCACGUUCAUCGAUACCAAUCAAAGAAAACUUCCGCGUUCAAUAUCCUUCGAUGGAACAACAAAGCUACUCGAUCCAAACGGAAAUCUGAUCCUCCCAUCACCUCAAGCAACACCAACUAAAUCGCGAACACCAUUACGAAAUUGGUUCAUAUCAAUGAAAACCAGACGCAAUCGACUGAAAAUCGCUGGAUCAACGGAAGACUUGCUAUCAUUGACGUCAUCUGACGACAAGUCACUC